AUGUCGCAGCGCAAGGGCAAGACGAUGAAUGAGGAGCUCCUGUCUCAGUAUGACGACGUGUCGAACAUGAUGGAUGAUACUGCCCUGCUGGUGGUGUAUGCGCUGGUGGGCUUCCUGUACCUGACGCCCAUCCCCACCUAUCUGACGGGAAGCCACCCGAAGAGCCACAUCACCCUCUUCCUCCAUCACCAGUCGAUGAUCGGCACUGAAGACGACCUGACGUAUUUGCCGGCUUUGCCCAUCUAUAUCGCUGUCCUGCUCUACCUUGGCUACAUCAUGUACCUGGCUACCUACGAGCUGGCUACACGUGCAGGAAUUCUCCAACCCAAGGGCGUUGCCUACCCUGCGCAGCCGCACCCGUUCGGCACAGCCCCCCGGUGGAUCGUGCCUGUGCUGCGCGACAUUCGCCUGCAGCCGUCAGGGAGUGCCCGUGCGGACCCUGACAAGCAAUCCACGAAGACAGAGCUGACCAAGGUACUGCCGCCCCCUAUUGUGUACCUGGGCUUCCUGUGGGUGUGCACUUGGCCCGUGCCGCUGGUCACGUUCGGCGCCGGGGCCUUUGACGAUGCGGCCUGGUGGUCCUUCCCCUUUGGCGCACUGUCGCUGCAUUUGCUCGUUGAGUGGUGGAUUUACAAGGCAGAGCGGGACAUGGUUGGCCUGGCCGGUCUCAAGUACAACUACAAAGGCGCGUAA